AAUCUCAUUCCCCCAAAAACAAUACGAAUUGUGAGGAUCUAGGCACUCUUUCAACGCCAACCCUACGUUUCUCUACUUCCCGUCAUCCCCUCCAGCCUCUUCUCCAUUCAUUCUUCCUUCUUCUUCUUCUUCCUCUGCACAUAUUGUAAUGAUAUAACCCGCAUCAGCUUCCUCGGACCGGAUCCAGUGCAGGGAUCUGGGUCGGUUUGGUGAUUGAGGGUGUUGGUGGUUCUUGUCAAUGGGAGCUUUGGAUGAGGGGCAUUUCGAUGCGGAGCUGGAACAUGGAGUCAAGCUAGGGUGUAUUGAGCUAGGUGGCGAGGAAGAGCCUGAUACUUUGGCUAUCCAGGAUGCUGUUAAGGUUCUGUUGCAGGGUUUGGGUGAAGAUGUGAACAGAGAAGGUCUCAAGAAGACCCCGCUUCGUGUUGCCAAAGCCUUUCUUGAAGGAACUAGAGGUUAUCGACAAUAUGUAAAGGACAUUGUUCAAGGUGCGUUGUUCCCUGAAGCUGGUCUUGACAAGGAAAUUGGUCAUGCGGGAGGAGCUGGUGGGCUUGUGAUCGUUCGAGAUCUGAACCUUUUCUCAUAUUGCGAAUCUUGUCUUCUUCCAUUCCAGGUCAAGUGUCAUGUGGGUUAUGUUCCUUCUGGACAGCGGGUUGUAGGAUUAAGUAAGCUCUCGAGAGUAUCUGAUGUAUUUGCUAAAAGACUCCAAGACCCACAACGUCUAGCCGAUGAAAUAGCUUCAGCCUUGCAGAGUGGUAUUAAGCCUGCAGGUGUUGCUGUUGUACUCCAAUGCUUACACAUCCAAUUUCCGGCCUCUCUCGCCUCUAACCACGAAGAUUGGGUGAAGAUUCAGGUUACUUCAGGUUCAGGUGCUUUCAAAGAUGAAAAGGCCGGAGUUUGGGGUGAUUUCUUGAGUCUUCUUAAAUUCAGGGGCAUUAAUAUCAAUGAAAGCUGCACAAGGGACUCAACUGGCAAAUCUUGGUGCCCCUCUCUAUCUCCCUCAAGCUGUACAACAUGCUCCAGCUUUGGAUCUAUGAAUUCCAGAAUGGUUACUGCAGUAACUUCGAUUAUUCGGUCGUUAGGUGAAGACCCAUCAAGGAAAGAGCUUGUUGGAACCCCCAGUCGCUUUGUAAAGUGGCUCAUGAACUUCCAGAAUACCAAUCUACCGACGAAGCUUAAUGGCUGCACCAUUCAUAAAGUAGAUUCAUUAUCCAAUGGGGAAGUUAAUGGUGAGAUGGAGCAGAUUUUUUCGGAGCUGAACUUGCCAUUCUGGUCUCAGUGCGAGCACCAUUUGCUUCCCUUUCACGGCAGCGUUCAUAUAGGAUAUUUCCAUAGGGAAGGAUUUAGCCCAUCGGUGAAAUCUCUAUUGCAGUCAAUAGUACACUUUUACGGCUUCAAGCUCCAGGUACAGGAAAGGCUCACCAGGCAGAUUGCCGAGACGGUUUCUGCGCUGCUGGGAGGAGAUGUGAUGGUAGUUGUGGAGGCUUACCACACUUGUAUGAUAUCUAGAGGGAUUGAGAAGUUUGGAAGUAGUACAGCUACAAUUGCCGUGCUCGGCCGAUUCUCAACUGAUUCAGUUGCAAGAGCUAAAUUUUUGGACAGCAUUUCAGAGGCAAAUGGACGGUGAAAAUUAAACUUGUAGGAUUCAUACGAGUUUUCUCUAUUCGUUUACCACCUUUCACCAGGUGGUCUUCAGAUUACAGGAAUAAUUUGUGAGUCAUUUCCGGUCUACUUGGGGACUUGAGGGUCUCAUUCGAGUUUUUGAUUUGGCGGUGGGUCGAGUUUGUAACAAGCAGAUUGUCGAGAUAUUCGAGAUGGAAAGAAAACAUCAGAAAUUUCGACAGGUUGCUCUUCACCCAUUCUUUUCCCCACAAGAAUUGUAUCGUGGAAUUUAUUGAUUUUCUAUGAAAGGUCUUCCUUAGGCAAUA